AUAAGCUUUAUUUUGUAGGGAUUUUUAAGCAAAAUAAAUUGCAGAUAUCAUGUUUAAUUUAAACGUUUAUACUCCAUGUAGUCGGAUUUAAAUUUACUGAUUUCGACAGUUUAACGAAAGUGAGAAUUAUGGCGAAGGUUAGUGUGGAUUUUCCUGAUAUAGAGAACAUAUUGUCUCUAAAUCCAAAAAUACGUACCCACUCGGUGGUGGUACCGUCCAGCGAAACCAAGAAGACCAAAGCCCAUUGGAAACGCAACGAGAGCAAAUCAUGCCAGGCGUGCCCCUCAUUGGAAAACAACUUCUCGGAUAUCAAACCCACCACUCUUUCAGAACGCGGAGCCCUAAAAGAGGCCGCGAGAUGUCUCAAGUGCGCCGACGCCCCAUGCCAAAAGUCUUGUCCCACCCAAUUGGAUAUUAAGUCAUUCAUCACCAGUAUCGCUAACGGAAACCCUUACGGGGCGGCAAAAAUGAUAUUGAGCGACAACCCGUUGGGACUAUCGUGCGGAAUGGUGUGUCCUACCAGCGAUUUAUGCGUGGGCGGUUGCAAUUUGGCGGCGACAGAAGAGGGCCCCAUUAAUAUCGGGGGACUACAACAGUUCGCAGUGGAAGUGUUCAGUCAAAUGAAAAUUCCCCAACUGAGAAACCCUUCGACCAAAUUACCGAAUCGUCCUGGUGCUAGAAUCGCUUUAGUUGGCGGGGGGCCCGCGUCCCUCUCUUGCGCCACUUUUCUGGGACGUCUGGGAUAUGCUAAUAUUACCAUUUACGAAAAAGAAAAUAUGAUGGGAGGCUUGAGCUCCUGGGAGAUUCCCCAGUAUCGGUUGCCCCAGCACGUGGUGGAUUUCGAGGUGAACCUGGUGCGAGACUUGGGCGUGAAAACUGUCUUUGGACGGAAAUUAUCCGUUGGAGACUUAACCGUAGAGCAACUGGUGGAGGAGUUUGAUGCUGUCUUUGUUGCUAUAGGACUUCCUUCACCAAAAAUCGAUCGCCUCUUCUCUAGCCUUAACCCCAAUCAAGGUUUCUACACCUCCAAAAGCUUCUUACCCUUAGUGGCGAAGGGUUCAAAGAAAACCUGCCUAGGCAGCUGCUCCACCCUGCCAACAUUGUACGGAACCGUGUUAGUAUUAGGAGCGGGAGACACCGCCUUUGAUUGUGCCACUUCAGCCUUACGUUGCGGGGCCAGAAGAGUGUUCGUAGUUUUCCGCCGAGGGAUCCAGAAUAUCCGGGCUGUGCCUGAAGAGGUGUCCUUGGCCGUUGAAGAGAAAUGUGAGCUAGUGGGUUUUCUUUCUCCUCAUAAAGUGAACCUUAAAGAUGGUAAGAUAUGUUCGGUAAGCUUUUCCAGAACCGAGCAGCUGGCUGAUGGUACUUGGGCGGCUGAUCCAGAACAACUUACCACUUUGAAGGCCGAUUUUGUUAUAUUAGCUUUUGGUUCGGAACUAGCGGAUCCCGAUGUUAUUCAGGCCCUGAAACCCUUAUCUUUAAACGAUCGUAAUUUACCUGUGGUAAACAAGGAGACUUUACAGAGCUCCCACGAUAAAGUCUGGAUAGGUGGUGACUUGGCAGGUGUAGCUGAAACAACUGUGGAGUCCGUUAAUGAUGGGAAAACUGCUGCUUGGUACAUGCAUUGUGCUUUGGAGCAACUUUCACGUGAUACUACUCCUCAAUUGCCCCUGUUUUACACCCCAAUCGACCAAGUGGAUAUAUCAGUGGAAAUAUGCGGGGUACGUUUCGAAAAUCCUUUUGGUUUAGCAUCUGCACCUCCCGUAACCACACCAGCCAUGAUAAGGCGCGCUUUUGAGCAAGGAUGGGGGUUUGUGGUGACGAAAACGUUUGCUCUCGAAAAGAACGAAGUAACCAAUAUUUCGCCGAGAAUAGUGAGAGGUACAACCUCGGGACACCACUACGGCCCCCAGCAAGGUUCCUUUUUAAAUAUCGAAGUGAUAUCUGAAAAGUACACUGAAUUCUGGCUGAAAGGCAUCAAAGAGUUGAAGGAGGAUUUCCCCAGUAAAGUGGUGAUUGCCUCCAUAAUGUGCACAUACACUAAGGAGGACUGGGAGGAGCUGGCGAGAAGAGCCGAGGAGAGCGGAGCCGACAUGUUGGAAUUGAAUUUGAGUUGCCCUCACGGGGUGGGAGAGUCUGGCAUGGGGUUGGCGUGUGGACAGAAAGAAGAUACAGUGCGAGACAUCUGCAGGUGGGUGCGCAACACCAUAAAAAUCCCGUUUUUCGUUAAAAUGACCCCAAACAUCACUGAUAUCGUGAAAAUCGCGAGGGCGGCAAAAGAGGGCGGCGCCUGGGGUGUCUCGGCUAUUAACACCGUUUCGGGCUUAAUGGGGCUUAACUCCAAAGGGGAGGCUUGGCCUCGGAUUGGCACUCAACGUCGUACGACUUUCGGAGGUGUUUCAGGAAAUGCUACGAGACCCAUCGGUCUACGUGCUGUAGCAGCGAUAGCACAAGCCCUUCCCGGUUUCCCCAUUUUAGGGGUAGGAGGUGUCGAUUCCGCUUAUUCUGCCUUGGAGUUUAUGCAGGUUGGGGCAAGUGCUGUCCAGGUUUGUAGUGCCGUGCAAAACCAAGACUUCACCCUCAUAGAAGACUACGUUACUGGCCUAAAGGCCUUAUUGUACUUAGACAGCCGCUUCCCAGAUUGGGACGGCCAAAGCUCCCCAACUAUAAAACAUCAAAAAGGGAAACCGGUGCAUCCCAUAUACGACUCCCGAGGAAAUAAGUUACCCCACUUUGGGCUUUUUAGGCAACAAAGAGAUGCCUUGCUGGCCACGAUGUUUAAAGAAGGGAGGGUUCCUGAGGGAGGUUUGUUACAUCACAAUGGGGCUGGUUUGGGGUAUCCUAAUGGAAAUAACAGAACAGCUACAAAGAUUAAGGACGUUAUUGGACGGGCUUUGCCUCUGAUUGGCCCUUAUAAGAGUCUGGAUAAUACUCAGCAAGUUGUUGCUUUGAUUGAUGACGAUAUGUGUAUUAACUGCGGUAAGUGUUACAUGGCCUGCAACGAUUCCGGAUAUCAAGCGAUAAAAUUCGACUCGCAAACGCAUAUACCUGUGGUCAACGACGACUGUACGGGGUGUACAAUGUGCAUGUCCGUGUGCCCUAUUAUCGAUUGCAUCACGAUGGUCCCGAAAACGAUACCACAUAAAAUAAAACGUGGGGUGGUGAAAAUAAGCGUGUAAUUAGGUCAGAAGUCUUAUAUUUUCAGGUUAAGGUUGUAAUAAAAUAUUAAACCAAGUUGUAUGUACACAUCCCACAUUUAUUUAUGCAUUUAUAUAUAUAGUUAUAUACAACAAAAAAUAUGAAAUCUUCAUUAAAUCUUUUGCCUGUUUAAAACAAAGCUAUAUUAUAUUCUUUCUAUAUACUCUCCUAAAAACAUCUAUCUAUCACUGGCAGUGCGUGGUUCUUAUUACAAAAUUAGGUCCUUACGCUACCCGUAGUUUAAAUUUUUUUCUGUAAUUUUUGAGCAAUAAUAAAUAUAUUUAUAUAUUAAAGGGCAAA